AUGAUAACUACCAUUAUAGUGAUCUUAUUUGUUGCAUAUUUGUUGAGAAAUGUUUUCUCGGGCAUUGAGAUUUCUAAUCCAGAUAAAGGUGAGACAGCAGAAACUAUUGUUGAAGGCAAAUUUACACCUAAAAGUUUGGCAAAAUAUAACGGAAGUGACGAUGCUAAAAUAUUCAUUGCCGUGAGAAAGAGAGUGUUUAAUGUGACGAUGGGAGCAGCGUUUUACGGCCCUGGAGGACCAUACGAGAACUUUGCAGGAAGGGAUGCCUCUCGUGGAUUAUCCAAAAAUUCGUUUGAGUUGGAUUGCUUGACACCCGUAGACCAGCCAAUUGAUCCCUUGGAUGACUUGACCCCCGAGGAAAUAGAAUCCUUGGAUAGUUGGGAAGAGCAUUUUGAGAAUAAAUAUCCUGUGGUGGGUUCACUCCAUGAAAACGACACAGUGUGA